AUGGAAGCCCCGAGACGAGACCAUGUCCGCCCAGAGAGGUCGCUGAUACGAGCAAUCUCCAACGCCAAUGUAUUCUUGCUGCUUGUGCCGCUGGGUUUCAUCGCCUACGCAGAGAAAUGGCCCGACGCGCUUGUUGCGUCCUUCAACCUAGCUGCCAUCAUACCGCUGUCGGUCCAUCUCUCUGCUGCGUCAGGCGCGAUUGGCAAUCGAUGGGGCAGCUUGAUAGGCGGGUUGGUAAAUGCCACCUUUGGCAACACCGUCGAGCUGAUUGUGGGUGUCCUCGCCGUGCUUCGAAAUGAGCCUCGCAUGGCCCAGUCCAUCAUGGUUGGAAGCAUCUUGUCGGACAUUCUCUUGGUUCAAGGGUGCUGCUUCAUCGCAGGAGCCCGCAGCACAGGGGUCCUCCAAGUCAACGCGGCCAUUGCUGACACUCUCUCCACGCUCAUGAUCAUCACCACGGUGGCUCUGGUCCUACCCGCUGCCUUGUGCUCUACGUUGACGUCCAGGGGGGGCAGCUUCCAUGUAGACAGCAUGGUCAUCAGCUUCAGCCGCGCUACGGCAGUGGUCCUCCUCGGCGUGUACAUUGCCUAUCUGUAUUUCCAGCUGAAAACCCAUGCAUCCAUCUUUGUGGAUCAAGAGCAGGAUGGGCAAGACGAAGCGGACAACCGUAUCGACACCGAAGCAGAAACGCAGGCUGCAACUUGCUCCGUCGACAGGCCAUCUAUGCUAAAAGUCGCGGCCGCUAGAGUCAUUCUGGUCAGCUCCGGCCUCAUCAUUGCCAAAUGCACCACCAACUUUAUGGAAUCCCUGGACGGCAUGGCCGAAACACUGGGAGUUUCCAAGACUUUUGUCGCCAUCAUUGUCAUCCCCGUGGCUAGCAAUGCCUCGGAAAUGGCGCAGGUGGUGGAUGCGUCUCGGAAACAAAAGAUUGACUUUGCCAUUGGGGUUAUAAUUGGGAGCAUCCUGCAGAUUGCCCUGUUUGUUCUGCCGAUGCUGGUGAUUGUUGGGUGGGCGUUGCGCCAAAGAAUGGAUUUAUAUUUCGAGCCGUCACAGACGUACAUCCUGCUGUUGGCCGUGGUCCUGGUCAACCAGGUGCUACAGGACAAACACUACACGUUUUUGCAUGGAGCACUGUUGAUUUCCGUGUAUGUGGUUGUUAUGGCAGCCUACUUCACAUGA